AUGGCGCCAAAUCUGAGCGAGGAUGAGAUCGAUGACAUGAUCUACUUUGCCCGAGCAGGCGAGGCCUCAGAUUUGAAUGAUGCCCUGACAACGUUGUCAGCCAGGGAAGGCGUCACACCUGCGCAAAUCCUCCAGGCUGCCAAAGAUGAGGGCAAGUCAACCUGUUUGCAUAUGGCAACGGGAAAUGGAAACCUGGAGAUUGUCACAAUUCUGGUACAGGCAUUCUCAGACCAGCCCAAGGAGGAGAAACAGACUUUUCUAGAUGCACCUAAUGAGUUUGGCAACACGGGACUGCACUGGGCUGCGCUAGGAGGUCAUCUCGACGUUGUCAAAUUUCUGGUCGCAGAGGGUGCAUCCCCUGCCCUAGCCAACGACAAGAACUACAUUCCCCUAGACCUAGCCAGCUUCAGCGAGAAGAUGAAUGUGGUGGAUUUCUUUCUAUCCCAGAUGGACAACCUUGAAAACCAGAAUCAGGAUGAUGGGCUUGGCAGUGCGGCUGCUGCGGUGGACCUCGACGGAGAUGAGAAGGAUCAAAUUGCAGACCAGAAGACGAAGACAGAGGAGGCAGAAGAGAGCAAGCCGAGCAACUCGUCAUGA